UUGACGUCGUCGCACCCGGAAGUGAGAGUGGGAAGGGGACGCGGCGAAGGUAAACAUGGCUCGUAGUUUACUGUGCAGAGCUGUCGGCGUGUUUCAGCUCAGCAGGACAGCAACACUCCUGACAGGGACUCGUUUUUACUGUCAGACUGAACCGGAGCCGCCGACAGUGAGACAACAGAACAACGGAAUAAGGAGAAUAAUAUUGAACAACCCCAAGAAGAGGAAUGCUCUGUCUUUGUCCAUGCUGGAAUCCCUCAGACAAAACAUCCUAACUGAUGUCGACAGUGAUGAUCUCAGAGUUAUUAUCAUAUCAGCCAAAGGUCCAGUGUUUUCCUCUGGACACGACCUGAAGGAGCUGACGUCAGCUCAGGGCAGAGAAUAUCACACAAAGGUGUUUCUCACCUGUGCAGAGGUAAUGACUCUCAUCCAAGACAUACCUGUUCCAGUGAUCGCCAUGGUGAACGGUGUUGCCACGGCGGCUGGUUGCCAGCUCGUUGCCAGCUGUGACGUUGCCGUGGCGACGGAGAAGUCCACCUUCGCAACUCCUGGCGUCAACGUGGGUCUAUUCUGCUCGACGCCGGCGGUGGCCAUCGGCAGAGCUGUGCCGAGGAAGGUUGCCAUGGAGAUGCUGUUCACAGGAACUCCCAUCUCCGCCCAUGAUGCUUUGCUACACGGUCUGGUCAGUAAGGUGGUGCCAGAAGAACGACUGGAGGAGGAGACAUUAGCCAUCGCCCAGCGGGUGUGUCAGGCUAGCCGACCUGUUGUGGCUCUCGGCAAGGCCACUUUCCAAAGACAAAUGGCUCAAGGUCGAGAUGCAGCGUAUGCCACCGCCUCCAAGGUGAUGGUUGACAACCUGGCUCUAAGAGACGGACAGGAGGGGAUCCAGGCCUUCAUAGAGAAACGCAAGCCAGUGUGGAGCCAUAAAGCAGAAAAAGCCCAUGAUUGACGGACUGUUGGAUAGGCCUUUAUCACACAAGAUAACUGCAGUGAACUAGUGAUUAUCCUGACUGGUACGCAUGGUUUUCAGUCACUGAUGUGGAAUAACUAGCACCAGUCCCAAGCCAAUGUAUGGGCUACUAGUAAAAUGUGUAAUUUGCAAGAUCACAAUGAUUGAAGUCUAAAUUGUUGACUUAUGGAUUUCCUCCUUUUUGCUGAGACUAAAGACAAGUAGCUGAACCAUUGUGUGCUUUAAAAGCUGCAGGGUGGAGAUGAGAAGAUGAGAAGAAUACACUGUUACCACCCAGAGGACUCAAGAUAUCCUCAGAACAUUGAGGAUGUUAAAAUAAAACUUUGUGAAUUUUUUUAAUGCCUAAAAAUACUUUCAAUUGAGGCUAAAAAAUAAAUUAAAUUCACAAUAAAAAACUUACCACAAAGUACAAGAAAAUGAGCAUUUUUGUUUUUUUUGUUAGCCCUUAUAUUAGCUGAUUGGCUACUAGCUGACAAGUACAUAGUCAUAGGUAAACAUGGGCCAUAACAAAAUAUUUUUUUUAAAUUAUUUUAUAAUCAUGUACAUUUGUCUAUAUUAUUGUUAUUUUCUGUUAUUUUAAAUUUUCAUAUUUAAUAACGCAUUUAGGUUUUAUCCGGUUUUAUCUUAUAUUUAUAUAGCGAGGAGAUAUGUCACAUCCGGCCGCCAUCUUUGUUUUAAUGGUAAAGCGAGUUAAAUUAUUUUUUUUCGGACUAAUAACUUUUAUACCAGCUAGACUUUGGAGUGAGUGAGGCCUCCCUAAAUACUUCCACAACAUCGGAAAGUGUUGUUUCAAGACCUGCUGGGUUUAUAAGAGAUCGCCAGUGAUUUUUAUUUCAGAAAAAAUGAGAAGCUAGCGCGUGUUCGACCGUUUGUCACGAUAAAGUUAGCCGUUAGCCGUUAGCCCAAACACCAUUUUAUGGCGAGUUUUCCUGUCUGUGCUGUCGGACCGCGGCAAUUUAAGCGCGUUUCACCGGUUUUCAACUUGCCAUACUGCCGACCGGGGAUCCAAGCUAAGUAUCUGCUUCUUGUGCAUCCAUGUUUAAUGUCUUGCCUCAGUCCUGCAUUAUGUUUUUUUCUCGUCACAUGUCAGUAGGCUUCUGCUGCUGUUGCUUUUGUUGUUGGUGGCUUGUUGCUUGCAUACAGUAACAGUUACACUUAAUCUGUUAUCAUAAUUGUUGCUACUCUUCUCUUUAUAAUAUCUUUUUUUUUUAUAUUUAUAAUCUCUUCUCUGGUAGUGGAUGAUUGAUGUCUUUGGUUGCUAAAUUUUCUUUAUAUUGCUCCUGGCUGCAUCCUUGGGGUUUAUAUACGUGCUUUGGUAACGUUAUUGAUUGUAAAAUAAUGUUAUGUAAUGUUAGCAGAUAAGCUAAUUUCAUGAUAAUGAAAGCCUAGCCCAUAUGCAUGUUUUCAUUUUUAGUUAUAUUUUGUAAUCAAGUUAGUUGCAGCCCUGCUACAGUCUAUUAUUUUCAUUAUUAAUUAGUCUAUUGAUUUAUUUUUUUUGGAUUAAUCAUUUGGUCUAUUAUAAAGUGACAAAAUUACACAUUACAGUUUCCUAAAGCCAAAUUUGAUCUCUUCAAAUAGCUUUUUUUGUCCAAGCAUUAGUCCAAACCCCCCAAAUUAUCAAUUUACUAUCACAUAAGACUUAGCAAAGCUGAAAACCCUCACAAUUGAGAAGCUGCAACUAGGAAAUAUUUGUUAUUUUUGCUUUUAAAAAUAUUUAAACAAAUAGUAUUUUUCGGUUAAUCAACUAAUUGAUUAAUCCACCAAUUAUUUCAGCUCUAGAUUCUAAUUUAAUCCCAUUAAAAUUGAUUGAUUGAUUGAUUGAUUUAGAUGAAAGCCAGUAGCUAAUCUAAAUAUCACUUUGAAAUCAAAUAUAUCAGAUAUAAUACAUCAGACUUUCUUGUCUGACAAGUCUUGUUUUACUGGGAAAAAUGACUAAGUGGUUUUAAGAUAUGGCUGCAAAUUAAUCAUUGUCUGUCAAUAAUUUGAGCGUCCAUGUUAAUGAAUAUGAAUACUCAUGGUUAUAUUGGGUUGAAAAUUGGUUGUUGUUUUUUGGGGUGGUCUAUUGAUUACUGAUGGUAAUAUUUAACACUAGAGGUGAAAUGAUUAGUCAGUUAAUUGAUUGACAGAAAAUAAAUUGGCAUUUAUUUAA